AUGGCAAAUGCCAUUCCAUAUUGGACCCAAAGCCCACCCAGUCGAGUAUCUUGCCUCAUACAAUGGUCAACUCGAGAUGGUUCAAAGGAAGAAUCGGGAAACCCUGCAGCAGAUUUCUCCAUGGAUUGGAUGGUGCAGCUAGAGGAUGAUAUUGUGCAGUUGGAAAAGCAAUUGCACGUGGCGGAGGAUGCGCGGGACCAGGUGCUGGAGGAGCUGCACAAGGCUGAGGAAAGCCUCCUCUCGGCGGACGAGAAUGCCACCAAGGCUGAGAGCGAUGUAGCUUCUCUGAACAGACGUAUCCAGCUGGUUGAGGAAGAGUUGGAUCGUGCACAGGAGCGUUUGGCAACUGCUCUGCAAAAGCUGGAGGAAGCUGAGAAGGCAGCAGAUGAGAGUGAAAGAGGAAUGAAGGUCAUUGAAAACAGAGCCCAAAAGGAUGAAGAGAAAAUGGAAAUCCAGGAGAUCCAACUUAAAGAAGCCAAGCAUAUUGCUGAGGAGGCUGACCGCAAAUAUGAAGAGGUAGCGCGUAAAUUGGUAAUUAUUGAGAGUGAUCUUGAGAGGGCUGAGGAACGCGCUGAACUUUCGGAAGGCCAAGUCCGACAGCUGGAAGAACAGUUAAGAAUAAUGGAUCAAACCUUGAAAGCAUUAAUGGCUGCAGAGGAUAAGUACUCACAGAAGGAAGACAAAUAUGAAGAGGAGAUUAAAGUCCUGACCGACAAACUGAAGGAGGCUGAAACUCGUGCUGAAUUUGCUGAGAGAUCAGUAACCAAGCUGGAGAAGAGCAUUGAUGACCUAGAAGAGAAAGUGGCACAUGCCAAAGAAGAAAACCUUAGUAUGCAUCAGAUGUUGGAUCAAACUUUACUGGAGUUAAACAACAUGUGAAAACCUUCUUAGAUGCAACCACAUUAUUUUUGUUUUUACACCUGCUUGCCAUGAAACCCCUUAAACAUGUUUUUAUUUUAGUUUCACCAGUCACAAGAACAUCUGCUUACCUACCAGGCAGGGGUCAGGGAAACCAAAAUGGGCAAGCCAUAUGCGGGUUAAACUAUUAUGGUUUAAAUGUGCCAUUUCCCAACCUGAUGUCGCCUACACUUUGUAGAGAGUUAAGCAAUACAGUAUGCUUAGUCUGUCUAGGAAUCCUUGCUGCGGCAGAAAGUGUCCCACCUUUAAGUGCCAACUGUAUUUGACAAGAAGGCUUUGUAAUGUUGGAGAGACAGAUCAGGUGCGGACUGGUGCUACUUUUAACAAAGGAUACAACAGUGGGCUUUUAGUUUGAUACUGUACAAUUCAAAUGUUUGUGCAGCAUGGUAAUUUAUUUUAUCUGAGUUUUAUUGAUCUGUGAAGAUUUGAACCUUCUGUGCCUUCGAAUUCAGUAAAACAAAGGGAUAGGCAAGAAGCAAAAUAUUUAAGACUCUGAUUUUUUUUUUUUUUUUUUUAACUAGUAGACUUGCAGCUCAUUACAAAUGUGUAGGUCAGCAUUUCAACUUGAGUAUUCAUUCCACUGUAUUUUUCAUGUUGAAAUUGAAAGAUUCAUUAAAUUCAGGAGAAAACGUGAAUUUGGUAGAGAUUGUUUUAAAUUGUAUUUUAUUCGUGUUGAGUUGGGAGGGGGGAUUAUAAAUUGGUAUUUCCCUCACUUUAUUUUACACACUUUCUUUUAAGCAGUUUUAAAAUUAUGCCUGUAUGUAAACAUUGUAUAAUGAUAUGAAAUAAAAUGCACAUUUUAGGACAUUUUUUAAA